AUGUCUGGUUCCUUGUUGUUGAGCAACAGCAACUCUGGAUCCUUACGCGCCCGUGAACAGGGUUCUAACGCCACAAAAGCUGCUCGCGACAUUUGUGCUCUGUAUGGAGAUGGUGCUAUAGCUGAGAGAACCGCUCGCGAUUGGUAUGCCACGUUCAAAAAUGGAGUAUUUGACCUCAAAGACGCACCUCGUUCAGGCCGUCCAGUUGAGUUGGAUGAAGAACGAUUAAACCAACUUUUACACGAAAAUUCGGGUCAAACGACAAGGGAACUGGCAGAGAAAACGGAACGCUCUCACACUGUUGUAGAGAAACACCUUCACUCGUUGGGAAAGGUUCAGAAGUAUGUAGCAUGGGUUCCGCAUGCUUUAGGUAUCGACAACAAAAUUGAAUGUGCCACAAUCUCUAAUGGUGACAUUCCAGCAGCGCCAUGGACACAUCAUAAGCUUUAUCGAGUACCAACCAAACGCCACGAAGCUUAUGGAUGUCUUCGACAUCUAUUGCGCGACUAUAAAGCAAGGAGACCAAAUUUGCGGAUACGGUCCGCACCACCACCACCACAUCCACCAACUCUACCACCGCCAUGGAUGAGCCGAUGGAUGUCCGCACCACCACCACCACAUCCACCAACUCUACCACCGCCAUGGAUGAGCCGAUGGAUGUCACAUCCAACAAAAACCCCACCAUAA